GAGGGAGAGAGAGAGGGAGAAAUGAUAGAAGAAGAGAAGAGAAGAGAGACGAGAUCGGGAUAUCGGGGACGUGGUUGGGGGUGGCGCCGCGGGCCGCGCCGUCGCCCAGCAUCCCUCGUUUCCCACCCGACCACCCUUCUAAAGGCGUACCCUAGCACUGAGAGAGUAUCUGCUAGUCAUACGCCGGCCCGUUGCGAGCACGCUGAUACGGCUCGCGUGUACGCUUUCGUCGUCCUCGCUCGAUCGUGUACCGAUCUCAGUAUCUUAUUCUUUACAUCGUUCCCGUUCCGGUUUAAUCAAUCCAAAAAAAUCCAAAAAAAGAAAAAAAAAGAUAAUAAGAAACGAUUUACGCACUGCCUAUUUAUUAGUAUAUAUAUUUUUUUUUUUACAGUGUAUAAUUCUCUCGUGUUUUGUUCGUUUUAUUUGUUUUCUCUCUUAUCCUCGAUCGUUAGAAAUCGAUCUUUCAAUCUUGAUAAAAUUUUUGUUAAUUUUAGAGAAAAUCGAAAGUUCGAGUUGAAUUUUAUUCGUUAAUCCGACGUUCCUGUUCAAAAGGAUUUCCUUUUUUCUUUCUUUCUCUUUCUCUUUGUUUUUUUUUCUCUAUUACAAUUACUGGUACUACUGUUGUUACUACGAUUCUUUCGAAAUUCGUGAAAAUUGUACGCACGAGAAACGAAAUAUGUACAGUCGUUAGUUUCGAGGCUGCAUUCAGAUCUCGUCAGAGCCCUCACAUGGUCUAUGUUUUGUUCCCCGAUCCACCACCACUGGCUCCAAUCGUCGUGGCUCCCUCUCGUCGUCGUCGUAGUUUCAUGCUUCUCGUUUCAGUGACGAGCUUUACUCGCGACUGAGAUACAAGAGCACGUUAUACGGUGAUAUAUUUCUAGAGCGACUGGGUACUGUCGUUAGAGAAACGAAAUACUUUUUGGUGUUGGUCGUGUUCGCUUCGUGUCAGAUCAAUUUUCAACAAAAUGGAUAAAUUGACCGUCGUUGAAGAUAUAUAAUAUAAAAGAAAAAAAAAUAUAUUUCAAAGACUUAGAAGUUAGUGUCUAGAAGAUCUCGAAGAAACAUCGAAGACGAUGUCAAAGGUAUCGUCGAGCACUAUCGUAUAAUAACUUUUGGAGAAAGAGUUGAUUGGAGGUGAAUCGAAUGAUCGAUUUUGAGAAUCGCACGAGCAAUUUUUUCUCAGCGUGAAAAGAACGCAAGUGAUCGUUCACGUUUAAGUUUCUUUCCCCUCUUCUAAUACUUAAGGACGAAGGAUCUCUAUAUUCGAAGAAAAGAAGAAAGAAGAAGAAGAAGAAGAAGAAGAAACAAGAAGAAACAAUAAUAAAAAGAAGAAGAUACAUUAGAACGAAGUCGAAGCUAGAAUGGAUACUUUUCUAAUAAUCGGUAUUUGCUUUCUCUGCUACGAGAUGUGCGAUUUGAUAAGGCGUUACUCCACGCCGCAAAAUACAGAUCUUCAUCGAUCGGUCGAAUCUCCCGCGACAUCGCCACCACCACAAAGGAUUUUCUCGAUUUCACGCAAGAUACAGAAUUCUUCUGCCACUUGCUGUCAACGAUAGAUCAUACUACCACUGCACAAUUUCCUUUCAAAUGUACAACAAACGCUUUUUAUCUUUCGAUCCGACGGCGUUACAUGGCUGAUGACGAAUAAUAUUACGAUGAUCGACGCAACGAGGAAGAUCAUAAAGGAAGACUCCUUUCUUCGAAAUUCGAUCCUAUUCUCGAGAAGAUCUAUAUAAUUUGCGGAUGUUAAUUCGAAAGAAUAUUUCCCUUAUUCGAAUCGAUAAUUCUACAAGUUUCGAACUCGAUGAUUUCACGGUGAAGAUACGAAAUUCGUCCGAUACCGUGUUCUCUUAUUUUAUUUUUAAUAAAAGGAUCUGUUAACACCUGUCAUUUUAUUAUCGAACGAUUCAAUUGUUACUUCAGUUCGAAACGAAAAAUAGACUUGAUCAACGUGCUCUACCAAGUGAAUAUUAAAUUUGUGAAACCCGAAGGAAUCUGUCCGGCGGCGGAGUAACGAAAGAAUCAAUUUUCUUUACGACUGUUUGCGUUCUGUUAGCCAACAGUCGUAAAAGCCGUCGCAUUGAUCAUCGGAACUCAUCGAGUGCAACAAGAAAGUUUCACCUCUCGUUCUCUCAGCCUUCCCCCCCCCUCUCUCUCUCUAUCUUUAUUUCUCCUUCUCUUUCUCUCUCCCUCUCCCUCUUUAUCUGCGUAUCUCUAUCUAUCUUGCGAUAUCUACGUACGUAAAUAUAUUUUAUGGCAUCCCAUCGAGGUGUGCGUACUUACGUACGCGUGUCAGUGUCGUAAAAUUUGACAUUCGGGGAUAGUGCUCGAUCCUGUUGCAUGUUUUAACGACGUUUUAUUCAUACGGUCUUCUCAGAUUAAAUUUAUGGACUUUAUGUUACGAGUGAUAAGAGUAUAUGAAAGAAAAGAAAAAAAAAUCUUUUUCCUAUAAAAAUUGUCGCGUUCGUCAAAAUAUAUAUUUCGAUUUUGAGUGUCGUAAAAAAAAAAAAAAAAAAAAAAAGAAAAGAGAAAAAAAAGAAAAAAAGAAAAGAAAAAAAAAAACAAGAAUAAAAAAGAUAUAUAUACCUACAUACAUACAUACAUACGUACGUACAUACAUAUAUACAUAUAUAUUUGAUUAUCGUCAAAGACGAAAUAAGGAUCACUCGCGUGACUCUCGCGAUCCGAAAGUGAUCCGAAAGAAGAUCCGAAAAAGGGAGUAAGAGAAAUGGACUCGCUGGAACGACUAAUGAGCGCCGGUUCUCACCAUCCAUCCCUUACGGCAGCCACGCGAUCCCAAAACGCCUUUGUGCAGGCCAAUCUCUGCUCCGUGAUUGGUCGUAAGGGUCGACACCUUACCGGCACCUUCUGUUUGACCGGAGACACGAUGGAGGGUAUCAUUCAGUGCCUCGUCUUUCUUAAAGCCUUUUCGCUCGUGGGCGGAGAAUUCGACAUGGAGUUGAACUUCGUGAUACAGGACGCACAGAACAUCAGGCACAUGUUGGAACUUCUGGAUCACUGCCCACCUAAUCUCCAGGCCGAAAUAUGGAGCGUAUUUAUUGCGAUUUUAAGGAAAAGCGUUCGGAAUUUACAGGCAUGUACAGAUGUAAGUCUUAUAGAACACGUGCUGCAUCGAUUAUCGCGAGCGGAGACUGUUGUUGCAGAUUUAUUGAUCGAUAUGCUCGGAGUAUUAGCGAGCUACAGUAUCACCGUGAAGGAGCUGAAACUUCUCUUCGGUGCCAUGAAAGCGGUUAAAGGGAAAUGGCCGCGACAUUCGGCGAAACUCUUGAAUGUACUUCGUCAAAUGCCGCAACGAAACGGGCCCGACGUAUUUUUCAGUUUUCCUGGUAGGAAAGGAUCGGCAAUAGUAUUACCUCCAUUGGCAAGGUGGCCGCACGAGAACGGGUUCACAUUCACCACGUGGUUUCGUCUGGACCCCAUCAACUCGGUUAAUAUCGAACGAGAAAAGCCGUACCUCUACUGUUUUAAGACUAGUAAAGGAGUAGGAUACUCUGCGCAUUUCGUAGGCAAUUGCUUAGUCCUCACGUCUAUGAAAGUGAAGGGCAAGGGCUUCCAGCACUGUGUCAAAUAUGAAUUUCAACCGCGAAAGUGGUAUAUGAUCGCCAUAGUGUACAUAUAUAAUAGAUGGACCAAAAGUGAAAUUAAGUGUUUGGUCAAUGGUCAAUUGGCUUCGAGUACGGAAAUGGCAUGGUUUGUGUCAACGAACGACCCAUUCGACAAGUGUUAUAUCGGAGCUACACCGGAAUUAGACGAGGAACGAGUAUUCUGUGGUCAAAUGAGCGCGAUAUAUCUAUUUAGUGAGGCACUAACGACUCAUCAGAUAUGCGCUAUGCACAGACUAGGACCCGGAUAUAAGAGUCAGUUUCGUUUUGACAACGAGUGUUACCUGAAUCUGCCAGACAAUCACAAAAGGGUGAGUGAUGAGCAGGAGCUCACGAGCAUGGUGGACCAAAGUAUGCAAACUGUACUUUACGACGGAAAGCUGUCAAAUGCUAUUGUGUUCAUGUACAACCCAGUGGCUACAGAUUCUCAACUUUGCCUGCAAAGUGCACCGAAAGGCAACGUUCCGUAUUUUGUACAUACACCGCAUGCUCUAAUGCUUCAGGACGUCAAGGCUGUUAUAACGCAUUCGAUACACAGUACAUUAAAUUCGAUCGGUGGUAUCCAAGUGCUGUUUCCUCUUUUUUCGCAAUUAGAUAUGCCUUACGAUUGUAUAGCACCGAACGACAUCAAACGAGAUCCUACAUUAUGUUCGAAAUUGUUGGGCUUUAUAUGCGAUCUCGUGGAGAGCUCUCAAACGGUUCAACAGCAUAUGGUACAGAAUCGUGGAUUUUUGGUAAUUAGUUACAUGCUUCAGAGAGCUAGCAGAGAUCAUCUGACUACGGAAGUUCUAGCAUCAUUUUUGGAACUUACAAAACAUCUGGUAACCUGUCUCAGUGCGAACAGCGAUCUGUUGCUAAAACAGUUGUUUUACUUUUCAUUCCUAACCUGGCAGCUAUUGGAUCACGUCCUUUUUAAUCCCGCUCUAUGGAUAUACACGCCAGCGCCGGUACAAACCCGGCUUUAUUCGUACUUGGCCACAGAGUUCCUCAGCGAUACGCAAAUUUAUUCUAACGUAAGACGCGUCUCUACUGUCCUUCAAACGGUGCACACGCUCAAGUAUUACUAUUGGGUUGCUAAUCCCCGUGCCAAGAGUGGAAUAACACCGAAAGGACUCGAUGGACCACGACCUCAACAAAAGGAUAUCUUGACAAUACGUUCUUACAUUUUACUAUUUCUUAAACAAUUGAUCAUGAUCGGUAAUGGCGUGAAGGACGACGAAUUGCAGAGUAUUUUGAAUUAUUUAACGACGAUGCACGAGGAUGAAAAUUUGCACGACGUUUUGCAAAUGCUUAUUUCUCUUAUGUCCGAGCAUCCUUCAUCGAUGGUACCAGCGUUCGACGCGAAACAAGGCGUUAGAACGAUUUUCAAACUUUUAGCGGCUGAAAGUCAAUUGAUUCGUCUUCAAGCUUUGAAAUUGUUAGGAUUCUUUCUCAGUCGCAGUACACACAAGAAAUACGAUGUAAUGAGCCCACACAAUUUGUAUACUCUACUAGCCGAAAGAUUAUUGUUAAACGAGGAAACAUUGUCCUUACCAACUUACAACGUUUUAUACGAGAUAAUGACGGAACACAUCAGUCAACAAAUACUUUAUGCCAGGCAUCCCGAACCAGAGUCACAUUAUCGUUUAGAAAAUCCUAUGAUUCUUAAAGUAGUAGCAACACUGAUAAGACAAUCAAAGCAAACGGAACAAUUGUUAGAAGUGAAAAAAUUGUUUCUUUCCGAUAUGACAUUACUUUGCAAUAACAAUCGAGAAAAUCGUCGAACCGUAUUACAAAUGUCCGUCUGGCAGGAAUGGCUCAUAGCUAUGGCUUAUAUUCAUCCAAAGAACACAGAGGAACAAAAGAUUUCCGAUAUGGUUUAUUCUCUCUUUCGAAUGCUCCUUCAUCACGCUAUCAAACAUGAAUACGGUGGUUGGCGUGUAUGGGUUGAUACUUUGGCGAUAGUACAUUCAAAGGUAUCCUACGAGGAAUUUAAACUUCAGUUCGCUCAAAUGUACGAGCAUUAUGAGAGACAAAGAUCCGAUAAUAUAACGGAUCCCGAAUUGAGGCAGCAAAGACCCAUUAGUACAAUUUCUGGUUGGGAUCAGCAACAUUCAGGUAAUAAUGGUUACAAUCGACCAUCGCCUUGGACCAAUCAACAGAAUCAUGAAGCACAGCACGUUGAAAGGAAUUACAAAGAAUUUGAUGGAACAGAAGGAAACGAUCGUCUUGAGGAAACGUGCAGCUGUGAUCUGAACUCCAUAGACAACACGGAAAGCGACGGUAGUCCGGCAAUCGUCAAAUCCCAUAGCGAGACCUUAGAUACCAUGCAGUCCAGCGAAGCAGUCUCUUUAGAUUCAAGAUUGAGCGACAAACCGGAGACACCAACGACGGCCCGAGAGAUUCACACAGACACACCGACAAUUUUGGAAGAGGCAAAUAGCGAAGUAGCUUCUUUGCCAACGACCCAAGAGACUAGCGAAGUGAUAUCGAUCGAAAGUUCCAGCGAUAUUUACAGCGAGGUACAGAAGAGUCCAAGUCCGGAUUCUAUGGUGGUUCAAAACACGGUACAGAAAGAAGACGAUGUUGUACAGCAGGAAUUGGAAGCUGCUACGAAAGAUCAAAUAGAGGAUAAAGAGAAUAAAACGAAUGUCGAUGUUGUUAUCGAGAAAGAAGACGAAAAGGAAAUGACGAAGAACGAUGAUUUGAGUGAUGAUAAAACUGCCGAACCUGUAGAAUCUAAUGAUUCCGAAACAAAGGAGGAAAAUAACGAUGAUAAGUCUCAUGAGACAUUGGCUGAUAAUAACGACGCGAGUAGUAGCAAGGAGGAGAGUCCGAAAAAAAUCGUAGAGAUGUCAGAAAAGAUGGAAGAAUCCAACGACGACGAAAAGAGGUCCGAAAUUAUAAACGAUAUGGCUAAGGAAGAAUCGGAAUCAUUAUUAGAGCCAGCUGACGAUUCGAAAUACCUCGAGAAGCUACAAUUGGAUAAUGAUCGAGAGAUCAUAGAUAGCGAUACUUCUGAGGCAUAUCUGACACCAACGGAACAACAGGAGACAUCCGCGGAAACAAAGACGGACGUUGCGGAUGUCGCGAAGAUCGAUGAAAAAGAUUUUGCGGAGAAAGUUGCUGUCUCUGAAGAAAGAAACGUUAGGGCCGACGAAGAUACCGAAGAAAUCGAGGACGUUCCAAAGGGUCCAGAAGAUUCGGUCGAUACGAUAGAAACGGAUGCUAACGCGAAAGCUACAGAUAGCAACGAUGAUAGAAUGGAAGAGAAAAUAGCAGUAGUAGAAGAAAAAGAAGAAGAAGAAGAAGUAGAAAAGGAAGCCGAAAAACUCGUAGUGAGUAGUACGUUAGAGGGCGACGAACGUGUCGCGGCCGCUUUAAAGGACGACAAAAGUGCUGUUAUUAAUAGUAACGACGACGAGCAGGUAAUUGAAAAACACUCAAAGGAGCCGUCCACUAUUUCUACUAGCGUAAGUGAUAAUAAGUCAGACAUUCCGGUGAGAACCGACGAGGUAGGAGUAACGGAUAGUGUUUCUAGUAAUAGCGAUAUUCAAAGUUCUGUAGAUAAUGUGACGCAAGUGCCAAAUCCUAAACAGCAAAUCCCAACAAUAUCUACGGUCUGUGAUGCUACUAAAAGUUUACCCGAUGGUGUGCCUCAAAACGUUAGUUCUAAUGUGGUUGCAAUGGACAAUCCAAUUACUACGAAUGACUUAACUCCAGAUCACGUAGAUGCCCACCGCAGAUCCAGUUUACCGAUCGUAUCCUCCGAGAUGGUUGCCGAAAGCAACGCCGAGGAACCUCCUUCUCUGCCUGUUCCCUUACGAAAAACAUCAUCGCCCCAAAAAAGACCAAGGAGUGCCUCAACGUCCACGCAAGUGGAUCCGAAUCAUUUUGAAUCGAAAAGAACGAAGCAAGGAAAUCCUUCCACCAGACCAAUGUUCAGUCCGGGACCGACCCGGCCACCGUUCAGAAUACCAGAAUUUAAAUGGUCAUACAUUCAUCAACGAUUAUUAUCGGAUGUUCUAUUCUCUCUCGAAACGGAUAUUCAAGUUUGGAGAAGUCAUUCGACGAAAUCGGUAUUGGACUUUGUGAAUAGUAGCGAAAAUGCAAUUUUCGUAGUCAAUACCGUUCAUCUGAUUUCUCAAUUGGCCGACAAUCUUAUCAUAGCUUGCGGUGGACUGUUGCCGCUUUUAGCUUCGGCUACGUCGCCAAACAGCGAGUUAGACGUGAUCGAACCGACUCAGGGUAUGCCGAUAGAAGUAGCAGUUUCGUUUCUUCAAAGGUUAGUCAACAUGGCCGAUGUCCUGAUCUUCGCAAGCUCCUUGAACUUCGGUGAACUCGAAGCUGAGAAGAACAUGUCCAGCGGUGGAAUUUUGAGACAAUGUUUGCGACUGGUCUGUACAUGUGCCGUUAGAAACUGCUUAGAGUGUAAAGAGCGUGGCAGAUCGUACAGCAUGUUAGGUCGACAGAUUGGUACUAGUAAUAAAUCACAGCACAUACAGUCUCUAAUACGAGGAGCUCAGACAUCGCCCAAGAACAUAGUGGAUAAUCUGGCUCAUCAGUUAAGUCCUGUGAAGGAUCCGGAAAAAUUACUUCAAGACAUGGAUGUGAAUCGCUUGAGAGCCGUGAUAUACAGAGAUGUUGAAGAAACCAAGCAGGCACAGUUUCUGUCCCUGGCUAUAGUUUACUUCAUCUCUGUACUAAUGGUCUCGAAGUAUCGCGAUAUAUUGGAACCACCGAUAUCUCAACGUCCACCAAGUCCUGUCCAAACGAUACAAACUAAUGGUGCCGGUUUGAGACCGGGUAGUCCCUCAGGAGAUGGGAAUGGUGGUGGAGGAGGUCGGCCCCUGUUUCCACAGUGGUCUCACCACGUGUACCCACAGUUCCUCCCGGGAUCUCACCCUAACGCCAAUGCGAAUGCCAAUGCCAAUGCCAACCAUCACAUCAGCCAGCACCACCACCAGCACCCGCUACCGGCUGCCAGGCACUCUAAUCGCCAGCCACCCUCCAGCUAUUAUCUCCCGAAUCACCACAACAACCAUUACAACCAUCACCCGAACAACCAUAAUUAUCAUCGACACCAUCAUUACCAUCAUCACAAUAACAACAACCAUCACCAUACGCUUCAAAAGCAUAUAGAUCAGCCCCGAAAUCUCUGUCAUAGAAACUCCGCUGUCGGUCUGCAAGGAAGCGCAGGCAUGAUAAGCCAGUCCGGUUCUCAGGACGACGGUGAAUACGAAGUUAUUAUAGUGGACGAAAAUAAUUCCUCCAUCUUGGCCGACCACGACGUUACGUCGUCCGGUCCACCAUCGACCAAGGGAGGUCACAGUGGUGUACCUCGACCACGGACAAUUCUCGAGGAUUACACCUCGUCAGAACCAACGCUUGGCUCUUCUACGAGGUCCGAACCACUGCCACGAAAUCUUCAGAGCAACGACUCUAGCGAAGAGGCUGUUCAUCGUAGCAACAUCACCGCUGAUCCAAGUCCAUCGGAAGUGACGACGGAUAACGAGAACAAGCAUAAUUCAUCGGAGGAAGCUUGGACCGACGUGAAUUUGAACGAGGAUGGCGAUACGGUGCCCAUAUCGAAUCCUCGAGAGGAUCCUCGAAAUAUUCAUAACAUCGCCCAUUCUCGUGGUGAUAUUCAGAAUAGCGAAGGUAACGUUCUGGAACAAGAGAUAGUAGGUAAUGCGGAACGCGGAGAGAAACCCGCAGCAGAAAUUUCCGUGGUUCGUGUACCGGAUAGACUCGUUGUAAAUGCGGCAUCGCCGAGACCGGAUGAUCUACCGAUCAAAGGAUUGGUCGAUCAUCUCCCUGUGCCAACACCGUCAAGAGAGGCUUCGCUUACACAAAAGUUAGAAAUGGCGCUUGGUUCUGUUUGUCCUCUUCUUCGAGAAAUCAUGGUCGACUUUGCGCCUUUUCUUUCGAAAACGCUAGUCGGAUCGCACGGACAAGAACUAUUAAUGGAAGGGAAAGGCUUGACCACGUUUAAGAACAGCAAUUCCGUGGUAGAACUGGUGAUGCUGUUAUGUUCUCAGGAAUGGCAGAAUUCUUUACAAAAAUAUGCUGGUCUUGCCUUCAUCGAGCUCAUCAACGAGGGCAGAUUAUUGUCCCACGCGAUGAAGGAUCACAUAGUAAGAGUCGCGAACGAGGCAGAAUUUAUUUUGAAUCGUAUGAGAGCAGACGACGUAUUGAAACAUGCCGACUUUGAGUCUCAGUGCGCUCAAACGUUGCUAGAUCGACGAGAAGAGGAAAGAAUGUGCGAUCAUUUGAUCACAGCAGCACGAAGGCGAGAUAACGUGAUCGCCAGUAGAUUGCUUGAAAAAGUUCGUAACAUUUUAUCGAACAAACAUGGCGCCUGGGGUUAUAUGGAUCCAAUGGCUGCAAAGCUGGCCGAAUAUUGGAAGCUAGAUGCUUGGGAGGAUGAUGCACGUAGACGUAAGCGUUUCGUGCACAAUCCACUAGGCUCGAGCCAUCCCGAAGCUACGCUGAAGGCAGCCCUUGAACACGGUGCACCCGAGGAUGCGAUACUUCAAGCGCGCGAAGAGUUUCACGCGCAUCUCGCAGCCUCGCGUGCACAUCAGCAACAAUUGCAGUCGGCGGAUCUAAUGGACGAUAGUGAACUUCUCUCAGACGACAGAGAUCUCGAUAACGACUUAACAGGUCCGGUGAAUAUCAGUACGAAAGGAAAAUUAAUCGCACCGGGUAUAGUCGCACCUGGGAUUAUUUCGGUGACGUCGACGGAAUUAUAUUUCGAGGUAGACGAGGAGGACGUGGAAUUUAAGAAAAUCGACAGCGAGGUAUUGAAAUACUGCGACCACCUACAUGGAAAAUGGUACUUCUCCGAGGUCCGAGCUAUCUUCUCUCGUCGUUAUCUCCUCCAGAACGUAGCAAUCGAGAUCUUCCUUGCGAGCAGAACAUCGAUCCUGUUUGCGUUCCCGGAUCAGGCGACGGUGAAAAAGGUGAUCAAGGCGCUACCGCGAGUCGGCGUUGGCAUCAAAUACGGGAUUCCGCAGACUAGGAGAGCAUCGAUGAUGUCGCCGAGACAACUUAUGAGAAGUUCCAACAUGACCCAGAAAUGGCAGCGUCGGGAGAUUUCGAACUUCGAAUAUUUGAUGUUCCUAAAUACGAUUGCUGGUCGAACUUACAACGAUUUGAAUCAGUAUCCAGUUUUUCCUUGGGUCCUAACGAAUUAUGAAACCAAGGAACUCGAUUUGAGCUUACCUAGCAAUUAUCGCGAUCUGUCGAAGCCAAUCGGUGCUUUGAAUCCAAGUAGAAGAGCUUAUUUCGAAGAACGUUUUCAAAGUUGGGAACACGACAGUAUACCACCGUUCCAUUAUGGAACGCAUUAUUCCACAGCUGCGUUUGUUUUGAAUUGGAUGAUACGCGUGGAACCUAUGACCACAAUGUUCUUGGCACUCCAAGGCGGAAAGUUUGAUCAUCCGAAUAGACUCUUCUCAUCCAUUGCCCUUUCCUGGAAGAACUGUCAGCGCGAUACGUCGGAUGUCAAGGAACUUAUUCCGGAAUUUUUCUUUCUGCCGGAAAUGCUUGUCAACAGCAAUCGUUAUCGCCUUGGCAGACAGGAAGACGGUAGCGCGGUCGGUGACGUUGAAUUACCUCCUUGGGCAUCCUCACCUGAAGAAUUUAUAAGAAUCAAUCGAAUGGCACUCGAGUCCGAAUUCGUAUCUUGUCAAUUACAUCAAUGGAUCGAUUUGAUAUUCGGUUAUAAGCAGAAAGGUCCUGAAGCGGUACGAGCCACAAACGUAUUUUAUUAUCUCACAUAUGAAGGUAGCGUGGAUCUCGAUGCAAUAACAGAUCCAAUGAUGAGAGAAGCGAUAGAGAAUCAAAUAAGAAACUUUGGACAAACUCCGUCACAGCUUUUAAUGGAACCGCAUCCACCUAGAAGCUCGGCUAUGCAUUUGGAUACUUUUUGGACCCCUUCGACGAAGCUGCAUAAGACUCUUCCCAUUUUGCAGUCACCGAUGAUGUUCUCCAGUAUACCGGAUGACGUUUGUAUGACGAUCAAGUUUCCAUCGAACUCGCCGAUCUGUCAUAUAUCUGCCAAUACCUAUCCACAGUUACCAUUACCAUCGGUUGUUACCGUUACAACCGGACAACAAUUCGCUGUUAAUCGAUGGAAUACAAAUUAUGCUGCAUCGGUACAAUCCCCAAGUUAUGCCGAUACACCACAAGCUCAGGCAGCGAAUCAACCUCUUUCCAUGGAUCCAGUUUUAUCUCAAGCAGCGAAUAGUUCGAAUCCAGCGUUGCGUCGUCAUUUGGGUGACAAUUUCAGUCAGAAAUUAAAAAUUCGAAGUAAUUGUUUCGUUACCACAGUGGAUAGUCGAUUUUUAGUAGCUUGUGGCUUUUGGGAUAACAGUUUCCGUGUGUUCUCGACCGAGACAGCCAAAAUUGUCCAGAUCGUUUUCGGGCAUUACGGUGUGGUGACGUGUUUGUCUCGUAGCGAGUGCAACAUCACUUCUGAUUGCUAUAUUGCUUCCGGAAGUGCCGACUGUACGGUAUUGUUAUGGCAUUGGAACGCUAGAACGCAGACAAUUGUUGGCGAAGGUGAAGCACCUGCUCCUCGUGCUACAUUGACCGGUCACGAGCAACCGGUCACGGCCGUCGUCAUUUCGGCCGAAUUGGGCUUGGUCGUUUCUGGCUCGUACUAUGGACCUGUCUUAGUACACACGACGUUCGGCGAUCUUCUAAGGUCCCUCGAAGCACCAAACGGAUUUUCAUCUCCCGAAAAUAUCGCUAUGUCGCGGGAAGGUGUAAUCGUUGUAAAUUAUGAACGUGGACACGUCGCUGCUUUCACCAUUAAUGGAAAACGUCUACGUCACGAAUCGCACAACGAUAAUCUUCAGUGCUUGCUAUUGAGUAGAGAUGGCGAGUAUCUGAUGACCGGCGGUGACAAAGGGAUCGUAGAAGUUUGGCGAACGUUUAAUCUUGCUCUCCUCUACGCUUUUCCAGCUUGCGAGAGCAGCGUGCGUUCUUUGGCACUCUCUCACGAUCAAAAGUUUCUGCUAGCCGGUCUAGCUAAUGGUUCGAUCGUAAUAUUCCACAUCGAUUUCAACAGGUGGCACCACGAAUUUCAGCAACGUUACUGAAACUGCUGCUUCUUCCUCCUCUAGCGAGCAAAAACGCUCUCUCGCGUUCCCCGCGAAGAUCGUCAAAGCGAGCAUGGAUCUCUACCAAAUCCGUGACAAGGGACAACGAGGACACGCUUUUUCGAAAUAUUGACGAGUAAGAGACAAUGAAAGAACAAAGAAGAUAGGUGAUUCUGUGCAAUGAAGAAUUUAAGAAAAGCAGACACAGGGAGGGCGAAUCCGUAUUAAAUAAUCCACGAUUAUUCAGCGCUCAGCAAUAAGCUCGCUUUUUACAAAUCGAUAAGAAAUAAUAUAGCGCUUUUUCCAAAGUGUUUUAUGAGAAAAUAUUUGAACAUUGGUAAUAAAGAAAAAUAGAGAGAAAAAGAAAGAAAGAGAGAGAGAGAGAGAGAGAGAGAGAGGGAGAGAAAGAAAGAGGGAGAGAAUGAGAAACAAUGUAUGAAAGAGAGAGAGAGAGAGAGAGAGACAAACGUCGAUAAAAAAGGAGAAAAUUUCGCUCGAUUCUCGCACGUUAAUUUUGCACUAUCUGAUUCCAAUGGACUGUCGGAAAAACGGAAGAAAGUCUUCAAAAAUUUUCCGACAGUCCCCAUCGAUAAAAAAGGAGCUCGUUUUGAGCUCCUGAUCGAGCGACAUACGCUCAAUGCUAGUCAAUUAAUCGAGACACGCAAGUAACCGAGUUAUUCUCACGUUUUCGAUAAACAAAGCGGAUCGGAAUUGACACUGAAAAAAAAAAACAUUAAGAAAAGGAGUAAAAGAGAAAAUAAAAAGAAGUUUUACGAAGGCAGGAGGAAAAUCGAAAAAGAAGAAAAAAGAAAAAAAAGAAAAAGAAAUAUACAAUCGCGUAUUUUCGGUUCUCUUCGGCCGUGUACAGGAUUUAUCAGAGCGUAAGUUAAUUUUUACUGCUCGAAUCGCGCGGGUUCAUUCAUAACCCUCGCUCAUUCAAAAGCUACUACAAUUUCCUUUACCCUUCGUUAGUAACUCUUUUCUUGUAAAUAAUGAAUCGCCGUGUUAUGUAAACUUAUGUAUACACAUGCAUACACACACACAUAAAUCCAUAAAUACAUGCAUAUAUACAUAAUAAAAUGGCGUGCGGAUACUUAAAAAUAAGGGAAUUACGAAAAAAAAAGAAAAAAAAGAAAAGUACACCAAGACGCGUAUGCGUUCGUUAAGCGUUAGGGCGAACAAUUUGGAUUAAACGAAAAUGAAAAAAGAUAAAAAAAAAGAAAAGACGGGAAAAAGAGAAAAAUGCGCGUCUUAUACGAGAAAAAAAAAUACAUAUUGUCUAGGAAGAGAGGCACCUUAUUACACACGCAAGUCUGUUAAUAAAAGUUAGAGAAAAAGAAAGAAAGCAAAAAACAAAAAAGAAGAAAAAGAAAAAGUGUAAGAAUAAGAAUAAGAAUAAGAAUUACAUCGCUCUCACGGUUUUUUUAACCCUUUCGGUUAAGAGCACGCGAGCAGCAUCACCUUAAAUUUUGAGGCACGCGAAAAGAGAAUGGUAGAGAAAGAAAAAGAGAAUAUAAGAAAUGCGAGACAGAUAGCAUUCUCUUUAUAUACUCUGCCGUCCGCGAAGCUUUUGUAUAAUCCGUGUAUCUACGCUAACGAGCACUUCCCUGAAUCACACCUGCUAUAUAUCUAAGAUUCCAUUUCCCCUUAUCCGACUUACUAUGUGCACUUAAGUAAGCCUGUCCCUGUUUACUACACACUAUUUACCUCGACCCACCCUUAUCUCCAAAGUUCGCGUCCUUCGAAAGAGAUCCUAAUUUUAUCAAAGCCGUCCAGCUUAACUUUUUGCGAGGAUAUUUCUUGGUAUUUUCGCACACGAGAUAUAUAAUCAGCAGAUCGAUUAAAUUACAUAGGCUAAAGAAAUGUGGUUUUAAACAUCUCGAAUUCAUUCUGACAGUGGUCCGUCGUAUCACCGAAGGAUCAACAUUUCUUCUUUCGCGAUUGGACCUAGUGCGUCCUUCGUGAAAGUUGAUUUUGUGUGAUAGAUAGAAUGAGAGAGAUAGAGAGAGAGAGAGAUAUGUGUGCGUGUGAAAGAGGAAGAAGAGAGUUCGAAUGAUUUAAGACAGCGAAAUACUUUGAUUAGAAGCAAAAGGAAUGGAUUGAUAUUAAUUACUCUGAGAUUCAUUUUUAUUACGAUUUUUACAAAGUCAUUUUUACAUUGAGAAUUAAAUAAAGCAGAUGGAUAGCGUUAGGAUGAUGAUAAUUUUCUCGUGUUACUGUCUUUAUAAGUCGAGAUUUUUCGAAGCAAAGAAAAACGACGAACUCUCGGUAUGGAUGCAACUGAUAAUGAUAGAAGAGCACGUAUAGCUUCGAGUCGUUUGCACUUAGUCUUUGAUGCACGCUUUCUUCAAGCGUACGACUCGUCCUCGCUUCGUUUCGCUUUGCACAACGACGCAAAAUUAAUCGAGCUGUCUCGAUGGACAAUCGUUUUUACCCGCGCGAGCGCAUGUUAAUCAGCGAGAUUACAAGACGUGGUUAUUGAUAUCGGUAGGGUGUGUCAUAUAGCUUUUCCAUUUUUUCGGAGACUUUGAGGGAAGGUCUUCGUGUCGCGAAGUGGGACAAAGGAACGUGAAUGGGCGUGAAAAAUGUUGUACGAGUGAAGGAGAAAUUUCUUCAAGUAUAACAAGUGCGAAAUUCGUGUGUUACGGACUCGCGGAGGCUAUUUUUCGCGAUUCCAUGGAAGUACAAUAGGAUUUGUUAUUAGAGUUAGUCGGGGAAAAAAAAAGAAGAAAAAGAAAAAAAAAGAAAAAACGAAAGAAAGAGGAUUUGGAAAUCGAUCUUAAUUUUUACGAUAGCAUUAACCGAAGUAUUUUAAAUUACACCUCUUGUCCCCUUUUAUGUUCUAUAUUUUUAUUUAAAACAUUUAUCAUGCAUUUAUCGAUCUUUUAGAAAUUUUUUAUAUUACAGAAACUUUCGAUUUACAUUUAAAUCGAGCCAGACGAUUCAAUGUUUCGCGCGUCGUGAAUCUACAGAGAUCGAAAUCCAUUUACCGCGUCGUCGACAUUUAUUUAAAAGGUUCGAAUGAUAAACAGCUCAGGAUGCUAAACUAGUCAGAGACUUCUCUUUUAUAAAAGCAGAGGACAAAGAUGAAAGUAGUCGCGAACGAAGGUCUACGUGGUCCGUAUCGAUCAUAGGUGUUGAUAUAAUAUUUAAAGGAAUUCUUAAUGCUGUUAUCGUCUACGACUUUAGCGUAAAAAUUGUAGGAUCGCAUGGUUCCGUCGUUUGUACCGUUCGGGUUGCAUGCAAUCGAGCUGUCGAAAAUCAAUAUUGUGUAUAUUAAUCGAUACAGGAAAUUACGUCGAUGCUUACAUGCGAUAGUGGAUCGAUCGAUCCCUCUCGAUCGCUCGUCGUACGUACGUUAUUAUUAUCAAUGAUGACGAUGAUGAUGAUAAUGAUUAUUAUUAUUAUUACUAUUACUAUUAUUAUUAUUAUUAUUAUUAUUAUUAUUAUUAUUAUUAUUAUUAUUAGUAUUAUUAUUAUUAUUAUUAUUAUUAUUAUUAUUGUAUUAUGAUUAUUAGUAUUAACAUAGAAAAGUAAGGAAAUCUUAAAAAAAAGAAAAAAAAAAGAAAAAAAAAGAUAAUGUUUCGUGUGCAACGUGUUAAAUAACGGUAAUAUUCGCCAAAUUGUUGUGGGCGUGUUCUUUCUUUUUUGUGCAUGAUGAUCGUAAAAUGUUCCCUUCGCGAUUCGGAUACGAGUGAAAAAAUAUAAGUGAAUUUAAAUAAUAUAAGUGCGAGAGGAAGAAUUUGUGUAUGUGUGUGAAUGAAUGAAAGUAAACGAAUGAAAGAAACGACGAUGAAGUUCGAGAAUAGUCGAGAUAAGAGUGAAAGAGUCGUGCUUGAUCCUUACAAGCACAGUAUGAUUAGUUUUCUUGUAAACGUGUAAGAAUGUAUUUCUAUCGCGCAUAUAAUCGUUUUACGUGUACUUAAGUGUACAGGGGCAUAUUAUCGACGUCUUAUUUUCGCUACUAAUGAGAGAGUAAAAGUGUAUAAGAGAAAGAGAGAAAGAGAAAGAGAGAGAGAGAGAGAGAGAGAGAGAGAGAGAGAGAGAGAGAGAGAGAGAGAGAGAGAGAGAAAAGAAUAUACGAAGAGAAAGAAUAACAUGGAAAGUCACACACAUACACACGCUACGUACACAUUUCAUCGGCGAUUUUCUGCUUUCCCUCUCGACCUAACGUUUUUCCGUCGACGUUCGACGAGCAAGUCUAAUUGUUAUUAUUCUUAUUAUUAUAACAAUCAGUGCAAUAACAAAGGAAAGAGUUCUACGAGAGAUUUUCUUUUUCGAUCGAGCGGCUUGGGAAAGACGUUCGUGUACGUAAGAGAGUAAAGCAGGUUAAUGUUGGUGAUGUUGUAUCCUAGUGGUGCAAAAAAUUCCAUGUGAUAAGAAAAUUUCAAAAUGAUAAGAAAGAUGAAAAAGGGAUAGAAAAAGAAUAGAGAAGAAAAAAGAAAGAAAGAGAGAGAGAGAGAGAGAGAGAGAGAGAGAGAGAAAACAAAAAGAGGCGCGAGAAAGAAGAGUUUUUAUAUUUGUUUAUAGAUGUGUGAGAAUGCUGCACUUUUCGAGCAUGUUGUUAGUGAAUUCCCUCCAUAUUGCUAUAUAUACAUUAUAAAAGGAAGUUUAAAGAAAGCAACAACAACAGCAACAACAACAACAACAACAACAACAACACAACAAAUAAUGAAAGAAGAAAAAAAGAAAGAAUGGCAAAUAACAAGUCGAUUUUCUGUCCGUACUUGAACUACAGUAUAUAUAUAUAUAUAUAUAUAUAUAUAUAUAUAUAUAUAUAUGUAUAUAUAUGUAUAUAUAUAUGUAUGUAUAUAUGUGUGUAUAUAUAUAUAUACAUAUAUAUAUAAAUAUAUAUAUAUAUAAAAUAUAUUGCUACUAUUUUAAAUAACGCUAAGUACAACGCUACAAGAGUUUGCCUAUAAUUAUAUUAUUACGAUUAUUACAUUCUAUUGUCAUUAUUAUAUCGAUUAGUAUCCUUAUUGGAUUAAUACGGAUUAUGAAUUAUAUCGAUUAAACGUACUUAAUAUUACGGAUGAGCGAACAAAAGUGGAAAAAAGAGAACAAGAAAACGUGAUGAAAAACAAAAUAAAAAGAGAAGUUAAUGGGAAAGAAAGAAAAUAGCUCGGAGGAGGAGAAGUUAGAAGUAUUAUAAAUUUGUAUAUGAUAUGUAACGAGAAAAAGAGCGAGCGAGAGAGAGAGAGAGAGAGAGAGAGAGAGAGAGAGAGAGAGAGUUAAGGCCCAAAUUAAUUAAUGUUUUUGCGUGUUGAGUAAAUGAUAACAGGGAUAUGUUUUACUUCAUUCAGAAAUUGGUCUUCGAACUGCCAAGACCGAUAUUAAAAGAAAACAAAAAAAUAAAUAAAUAAAUAAAGAAAAAAGAAAAAAAAGGAAGAAAGAAAACGGAAAGAAGACAGCUACGAGAAGUAUAAAUCAGUAGACUUUCUCAAGCUCGUAAAAAAAAAGAGGGAAUUUUUUCUUAAUCGAUUCGUUCGUACAUGAAGGGCUGCCUGUAUUGUUAUUAUAAAUCUAUGAUAGAUUAGUCGACGUGUUCGAAACGACUCAUCGCAAAUUCCCGGAAUAAAAAAAUUAAAAAAAAAAAAAAAUAGAGAAAUGAAGAAAAAAGAAGAGAGAAAAAAAACAAUAGAUGGGAUAUUUUCGUUUUGAAUCGUUUCGAAUACUUGUCUUCAUCGAUCCUUCGUUUCGUUAUUCGCGGCGUUUAAGAGCGACGGGGAAAAACGAAAGACAUUCCAAAACAAUAAAUACAUACAUCACGGAAGGAAAAGAACCGAUUUUUAGUCCGAUCGUUCUAGUGGUAGGUCGUGCGAUCGGAAGGAUUAAAAAGAAAAAAAAAAAUAAAUAAAACAAGAAAAGAGAAAAAAAGAAUACAGUGAUUCAAUGAGUGCAUAAAAUGUUACUGGACGAUGCUUGCUUUACGAUUUCGCAUAAUAGUGUUUUUAAUAUUACAGUGAAAUAUUCAAAAGAGAUUAGAGCUUAGAAGCUCUGACUUUACCUACCGUAAGAUCGUUCUGCGGUACCCUGUUGUUCCUCUUUAACGUCGAUGUAGAUCGAUUUUUUUGUAAUUCUUACGAAUUUAAUAAAACUCAAGAUCGCGUUAAGACGAAAUAGAGGAUGAAUUAAGAAGAGAAAACAAAAUGGAACCGCGAACGAUCUUCGAAAGAUUUCUGAUUUUCCGACGAAGCCAAAUCGUAAUUAAAAAUCGUUGAUCGAUAGGAACGAGUCAUGUGAUUUUAUCGAAUUAUCGUUUUUUCGCGAAAAAAAAAGAAUAUAACAACACCUGGGAGAAGAAGAAACGGUGUAGAGGUUUAUUCCCGCCACUUUUAACGAGUACGUAUUAAGUAGAAAGGUACUUAAGUCGUUGCUACCACAUUACCAAUAUAAGCUCCAUUGCUUAUUUUAUACUUAGAAUUAUCGUAACGUUUCGAUUUAGAGGUAACAUAAUGGGAAAGUUGUAUCUUUAGCUUAAGAUUAGAUUAAAAUCUGUAAACAUAAGUAGUCAAAUAAAUGAAAAGUACAUUUGA